GCCGCACUCGCUGCUACCACGCCGGAGGUGGGGUGUCCUCCCCGUGAGGAGGAACAGUGGUGCCUGCAGCGGUUUCUCGGCCUCUUUUGUCCGGUUGUUGUCUGGCGUUUGCCCUGUUGGUGGAUUUGGGGCUGCUUUCUUUUGGUUUUGAUCCCUGUCGCAGCUGCCGGAUCUCCCGCAGAGCCGCUCCGGCCCGCUUGAGGCUUUCUCAGCAGCCGCUUUGCCCGCGAGCGGUGCGGGGCCGGGUCGAGCCAGCUGCCUGCGCGCCGCCGGGGGAAGCGGCAGUGGGAGUGCGGCGGCGGCUGGGGCACCAUGCCUGCCGCCUUCUCCGGGAAGCGCCUGGGGCUGCUGCUCCUGCUCUGCCUCAGCCUCUCGGGCGGGAGCCCCGCAGAUCCAACUAUGACACCACAAGAUGCCAGUCAGUCUCAGGCAAACUCUUUGACUAAGAUGCAAGCUGGACUUAAUGGAGAAUCAUCUGAGCACAUGACAACUACAGGAACUGUCAACUGGCAAAGUCAGGGGAGCCCUUCACAUCAUUUGACACUUGGACAUAAUGUAUCUACACCUGCCUUGUUAGGUCCAGAUCUUACCACACAAGAGUUCAAGCAGGCAAUCAAAGCAAAUGUGUCUAGUGUCACUUUUGUGGAGUAUGAGGUACUCCUACCUGGUGUUUCUGGUACUUCCAUAGAAAAAAAUAUCACUUUGGACAGUGCAACUGGAAUUGAACUUUCAUGCAGAUUGGACAGUAAAUAUUCUUAUUUGAAAAAUCUUCAAAUGACUUGGAAGAGGGGAAAUGAAACAAUUGAACACAUCAAUAAAACUGAAAACAGCUGGGGCAUCCAAUUGAAGAUCUUGGAUAACAGUAAGCUGGGAAGUUACAGUUGUACUCUGAAAGGUGAAGAAGAAAUCAGUGCUAUAUUUCAUUUACAAGUACCGAAAAUUGAAGGAAAAGAAAAACCCAUAGUCAGUUAUGAAGGAGAUACAGCUGUAAUGAUUUGUAAAAGUUUUGGCUAUACUCCCAUUGCUUGGACCUGGUAUAGGACCAAUGGAAGUGAACAGAUUGCCAUUAAUGACUCUUUGCUGGCAGACAAGUAUGUAAUUAAUAGUAUAUCUGCCAAUGUAACCCAUCUGAAGAUACUGAAGCUCACCGGGGAAGAUGAUGGUGUAUAUUGGUGUGAAGCUGCUUUUGAACUAGGGAAAAGUAAAGGAAGGCUGAAGCUUAAAGUUCUGUCCUUCAUGGUGCCUCUCAAACCCUUUCUAGCAAUUGUGGCUGAAGUUGUUAUUUUAGUAACCAUUAUUUUUCUUUAUGAGAUGUAUUCAAAAAAGAAAUGUGCAGAAGACGAAAAAGAAUUUGACCAAGUUGAGCAACUUAAAUCAGAAGAGAGCAAUGGUCUGGAAAACAGUGCUAGGCACAGAAAAAUUUAGUCUGGUUUCUAAAAAGGAGAUUUAAGCCAACAGAACUGGAAAUCAUCACAAAGCUACAGAAGAUGUAUGCGGCUAUACGUUUUAAACAUCCACUAUGCUUCUACGUAAACUUCUCUACACUUAUGAGAAAUAAGAUGCUUUUAAAAUAGCUAUGAAACUGGUCAUUUUAUACAGAUGAUAAUGUAUUCUGAUAUACUGCGUUUAGACCUUUGUUUAUAAGAGUUUGUCACUUUACUACUAAAAGGCAGUUUUUACAUGAUCAGACUUCCUGGUUUAUGAGUGAUCUCUUAGAUUUUAUGUCCUAAAUUGGAACUAACCUUGCAUUCACUGAAUGAACAGGUAAUAUAGAAUGGGCUUAUUAUCUAAGUGUUAUAAAGCUGGGCUUGUAAGAUCAAAAGAGUAUUUCCACCAAAGCAAAUGCCUUUUAGUAGCAGAUGCAGCAAAUGUAGCACAGCCAUUUUUACCAAAGAAAUGGUCAAAGGGAAAUCUUUAUCAUGAUUUAAAUGAAACAUCAGCAGUUUUGCAAGUUGUUCUGAACAGCAAAACUCUUCAUUCUAACUUUUCUUAGCUUCAUUUAAAUGAGAAAUAUAGGUACAUUUUUGAAUACUGAAGAUCUGAAUUUUCUUAAGAUGUCCUGCCAUAUGUCUGUGCUACUAUACUGUAAUUCUAAAUAGGCUAAACACUUAAAUACUGUCCAUAUGAGAUUUUGGCAGUACUUCAGAGUAUAUGAAAGCAGCAAAGGGGAUAUAAUACCACAUCAGAAUAUAACUGAAAUAAUUCCAUAAUGCUUGUACAAAUUACUGCAGGAUUUGAGGGCUGCAAAACCAGUUUUGUAAUUAUAAUUUAUAUAGAACACAGCAAUUUCACAAAUACACCAAUAUGGUUCUUAUCGUACAUCCUGUCUAAUUGGUAUUUUUACUUCUUGCAGGAUACUUUAUUGUUCCUUAAACUCCUCUCAGAGCACAGAGAAGGUCUCGAGCAGCUAAGAUUUUCAAGGCAAUAGGAUAAAGCAACAUGAAUACCACCAGUUCUCUUAAACAUAAAAUUGUGAUACUGCUGUUAUGACUUAUAAUAUUGCCUUGGAAGAGCUAGUUGCCAUAAUUUUAAAUAUACCAUUUAAUUAUAUUAUACAUUCAGCAAUUGAAAAAAGUGCAGCUAAUAGAAGAACAGCUUAUUGGAUUAGUUGCCUUUGCUUGCUAAUCCAAAAGAAAAGUAAGACAAACUUCCAUUUUAAAGGGAAAAGUAAAGUCUUCAAAAAAACGUCUUCUCUCAACAAAAAUAUAGGGAAAAAAUAGGCAGCAUUUGCAAACUCUGUAGGGAAGCAAAAGGAAAAAACCAUCUAAAUAGAAUUUCCUCAAAUUGAUCCUUUCUCUUUGAACAUAAAGGCACACAGAAAAAUAAAAGAUAAAAUAGAUGUAAUUUCCUUCCUUUCUCUUUUAUAUUUUACUGUUCUUAAGUAUUUGAAAAUAUCAGAAAUCCAAGCAUUAACUGUUUUGUUGGGGAUGGGGGACAAAAUCCAGUCUGAUCUAUGCUUUUUUUGGUUUUCAUAGUUUAUUUUGCAGCUUUUACAACUACAAGUUAAAGCCCAAAUAAAAACCAAUGGGAAGUAUGUAAGCAUUGAAUGAUUUACUGUUGAGGGCUGAACACUGAUAAAGAUUUCCCUUGCUAAGAUACUGUGUUUAUUGUAUUUUGCCUUGGAGUUUCUAUGCACUAUAAAAACUAGAAUGCAUUUACAGGUUUUUAUAUGAAUUUAUCAUUGAUAUAACAGCAUUUUUGUUGUAGCAAGUAAAUGUUUGCAGUUUAAAAAUUACUUCUGUAGAUUAAUUGUUUGAAACAUAUCACUUUAGUUUUUGCAGAAAAUAGAUUUUUUUGUAGGAAAUUCAAUAAUACAAAAGUUAGCUUACUUGUAGAAUCUGAGAAUUAAAUUCUGAAUAAAGCAGAAUUAAUAUCUUUUGCAACAAAAAGGAGGCUAGGUACUAUCUGGAAAAAGCUCAUCUUUUAAUCAGAAAUGGUAACAACUUAUUUCUACCUUCACUGAGCAUUCCUACCUGAUCUUGAAAUUGUGGUAUGAAGUCUUGGCCAACAUAGGCAAGUUAUAUAGAGACUUUUUUGGUGUUAUCAAACAAGGGCUGCACUGAAGGCAGGCAGGAACUGGAGAACCUGGACUAAGCAUGGAUUUUUAGAUCUGUUAUAUGUUCCUCCUAUGAGAACUGUAUUAGAGUUUGGUCAAAUUCACUGCUGUAACUGUUUUGUCUAGACCUGCCUCUAGCAUGUUCUGCUUGCCAUGUCUGCAAGGGGUUUGUUUAUUUUUAGGUUAGCAAGUAGUUCUUUCAUCUUGGUAAGUGGUUUUGUUCCUUGUAUGUCUACCUAGGUUCAAACCUUCUUGGGUUUCCCCUACAGAGGGGAUAAUUAAAUAAUAUUAAAUUAUAAAUCUUAAAUACUUGGCAUAAUUAACAGUCAUAACUUCAAAGGCAUAAACCCUACAUUUUUAGAUCAGAUACCACAUAGGAAGCUCUGAGAAAUCUAGAAAUGUGUUUGAGAAAUACAUGUUGUAUGUUAAAAACAUUCCUACUGCAGUUGCUUGGUAUAUCUGUUUUACUAUGCAAAUGUCACCUCCAAUAGAACAAAAGUAUGGCAACCUUAAACCAAAACUCUAGGCAGUGAUUUUCUUACCUCAUUCAAGCCUAGAGAUACCAAAUGAGAGCCAAAACAAUCCUUAAGAUGCUUCCAUCAAACAGCAGUUAGAACUAAGUGUAAGGAUCCACAAAACUUGUUUUAAUAGCAAAUGUUAAUCUGUAAUAAUUGACUUAAGUGGGUCAGCUGAGUCUAACUAUUCCAUUUGUUUGGCAAAUCUUGUUGCCCAAGAUCAAAUGCUUUGUUCUUUGCAAGAGGUGAUGUGUUAUUUUCUGCUCCAACAAAAGCCUUAUCCCUUUCUUAGAGGAAAAGAUUGAGGUCUGCAAAAGAAUCCUGAAAGGCUGUUUCCUAAUGCUCUAAACUGAUCACUGCAAAUUCCUGUGUUCCAUAGGUCUGAAGGAGACACAAGUAGCUGUGAGACUGGAUUCCUAGUGAAGCUUGGCAAAUAUUAAAUAGCUUCCAAACUGUGAGCUCAGAUAGAAUAGUAUGAAUAUUUUCUUAAGAUGGAGACCUAAAAAUUACCCAGUAGUGGGCCAACACAGUGAUUAGCUAUAGGUCAUUUGACACACACAGUCCUGAGGAAGAAACCCAUCAGUAUUGAUGUUGAUACUGAAAUUAGCAUCCAUGUGCCUCUAACUCUUUUUAAGCCAAAGAAAAUGAGGUUUAUAUUCUGCCUUCAAAUUCAACCUCAAACUUUCAACACUGACCGAGCAAUUAAAAUUAGAAAGAAACUGAUUGCUGUCUUCAGUGUAGGGCGAGCUUUUCAGGUGAGUGGUCCUCUAUGUAUCAUGUGCAGGCUGACCUCAAAUUGCCAUGUUGCAGUUCUAGCUGGGAGCUCCCAAAACCAGGAAGAAACCAGUUGAGAAUAGUUGUAGGGACAUGGGAAGGACCUGCAGGUAUUCUGUAGGUGUCCUGAGAGACAGACUGCAGAAGCUGAGGUGACUUACAAUUAGAUGUGUACAGGGAAGAGUGGAAAUCAGGAGAAACAGCUUUUUUUUUAGCUGUACCAUUUGGUGUUUGUGUAGGAAGUUCUGUACAGUGACUGAAAACAAUCUGCCCUUGCUAUGCACUAGCACAGGUGAAAACACAAGUGAUAUGUUUCAUAAGAGAAUUGGAAGUUACAUCCUUGGAAAAUUUUUCUCUGCUGGUUUUAAAUAGUUUUGUAGUCAUAUAGUUUAUUGUGUUAGAACAUGCAUAUAUAAUACAUUAAACAAUUGUUUAUGGAAAAAACUGUCCAAGUUCCAGACUUUACCCCUUGUUAUUAAGACUCUGAAUUGUCUAAAUUUACUGUUGGUAACCAAGUUCAUUUUCUUCUAGUUGAAUUUUGUAAGACUUCAAACUUGUAAUGUUUGUUCUAUCUUAGUCACAAUAAUGAUUGUUUUUCUUCCAUUCAGAAAUCUCAUCUAAUUUGUUUUUUCAUUCAGCCUUUUAUUUAACCAAAUAAAGAUUUUUGUUCUUUUU